GCAGCAAAAGGAAAAAAAAUGGGAGCCGGCUCUCACUCGAUGCGAAAUAAAUCUAUGCGAGCCGGCUCUUCUGAUUCACUACAAAGCAUCGGCUCUCAGAGCCGCAUCUAUUGCGCAUGACACAUGACUACCGUUUGCAAACGGAGUUCGCCUGACGAGAGAGAGAGUUACAAUCGCGGUAGGAUCCGGGUUUUUCACUCUACACCAGGAGUUGGUAAAAUGGUAAAAAUGGAAGGAAACGUUUAGAUGAUUCACAAACAAAACAGCAAUAAAUCUGCUUUUCCUUAUACACAUCAAUCCAUUUUAUGUGAAGCUCCUCCCACAACAACUCACUAAAGAAGCUCCUCCCACAGCAAUUCCCUGAUAUAUGCCACAAGUCUACAAGUGAAGAAGACAGUUCAUGAAAGAACAGUGAGAACAUGAGUGAUCCAGAACCUUGCAGAUUGGAACAUGAAGAUUCUGAAGAACAAAGAGAUCUGAUGGAAGAGAACGAGGAGAGCGAAGAUCUGAGUGAAGCGGAGCAGAAACAUCAUCUCUCUCAGACUAAAAGCAAAUACUUACAGAGAAGAACAGCAAAAAAGCAAAAAAAGCCCACUUGUCCUCAGUGUGGAAAGAGUUUCCUAAACCUUAAACUUCACAUGAUCGUUCAUAGUGAAGAGAAACCACACAGAUGUGAUCAAUGUGGGAAGAGUUUCGCACAAAAAGGAACCCUUAAGGGACACAUGAAGAUCCACACUGGAGAGAAGCCUUACACGUGUGAUCAAUGUGGAGGGACUUUCACUCAAAACAAUGCUUUAAAGGAUCACAUGAGAAUUCAUACCGGAGAGAAGCCUUUUACAUGUGGUCAGUGCGGGAAGAGUUUUGCCUACAAAAAAGUUUUAAAAGUUCACAUGAGAAGUCAUAGUGGAGUGAAGCCAUACACAUGUGAUCAAUGUGGAAAGAGUUUCACAUUCAAAAUAACCUUAACUCAACACAUGAGGAUCCACACUGGAGAGAAGCCAUAUACUUGUGAUCAGUGUUGGAAGAGUUUUGCAAAUCCAAGCAAUUUUAAAUCACAUCUGACCACUCAUUCUGGAGUAAGACCAUAUAACUGUGAUCAGUGUGGAAAAAGCUUUUCUGGGGCAAAAUCCCUGAAGAACCACAUGACAGUUCAUACAAAGGAGGAACCUCACAAGUGUUCUUUCUGUGAAAAGAGUUUUGGUCAGCUGCGACAUUUAAAAAAUCACCUGGAAAGACACAGCGGUGCGAAGAAUCAUAUGUGCUUUGAUUGUGGAAAGACCUUUAUUAGAAAUGCCGAACUUAAACUACACCAGAGAAAUCACACUGGAGAAAAACCUUACAAGUGUUCACACUGUGACAAGAGAUUUGCUCAAAUUGGAGCUUGGAAAAGACAUGAAAGGACCCACACUGGAGAGAAGCCAUAUCACUGCUCUUCAUGUGGGAAAAGUUUCACUCAAUCAUGUUCUCUUCUCCGUCAUACAAAAAACAUAUGUCUGAAAUCACAUUAAGUAGUUUAUGUUCAGGUCCUGCACUUCAAGUGCAAUGCUACAUUCUCAUUAAACUUGACACAAUAAUAUGUCGAGCAAUAAAAUCUCUAAUUCAUAAAAUCUUCAAGUCUUAACCCGCCACAGUAAGCGACAAGACAAGCAAACACCCUGAGUUGUCAAAGCAAAUAAAGUUCAUCUUUAAAAAUAACAGUUUUAAGAUUGAUAUUGAGAUUAACUCAGACAUUGAGUUUCUCCCAAAAAAGAACAAUAUCUAAGAUUUUUUUUUUUCUCAUAUAUCAUAUGUUUUAAAUUAAAUCAUUGAUUGCCAUUAUUGAUUGUAUCAACCACCUUUUAUUGUGUUCUGAUUCUAUGGAGAUCCUAAAGGCACAUGGUAUGAGAUCAAAAGAAAAUGUGCUAGUGUUCGUUUUAAGCCUGUGUAUAAAGACUGAGUAGCUCCUACGUUAUUGCAAAUGGGUUAUGAAUGAAUUAAUAAAGCUGGAAUUAAAACUCAUCUUGUAUGAUCUCUUAUUGUACUGGCCUGGCAGUGCAGACAGAGACACUGGCACUGUGGUUUACACGAUCAAGUCAUAUUUGAAGCAGUUACCUUAAGCGCUGUGAGAGAGCGGCAAAUACGAGACACCACCAUUCGAGUCAUCAUAAGCUGGUAUAAACUGAUACUGAUCAAAAGCCUAUCAGUCAGAGCUUUCCUAAAAUCUUUCAUUAAACUCUUCUUCAAAGUUUUUAGAAAGACAUAAAUUAUUUUCACAAAGAAAACUUACUUUUGUCUAAUCUUUUUUUAAAAUGGUGAAACGCUAGCAUGAAUUUAGACAUGUAUAUAGCUAUAUUUUAAAAACCUGUUGUAUUUUGGGUCCUCCAUGUUCAUGUAGGGCUUUUUAACUAUUUCCCCACCAUUGACAGAGUUUUCUGUCAAUUAUGACCCAACACUUCCCUGCCAUUUUCAGCAGUGCAGGUUUUUACUGUUAUAUGGUGGAGGCGCUAUAUAUUACACGUCUUCUGAAAAUAACUGAAUUUCUGGCUCAAAACACAAGUGAAAAGAAGCAGAAACGGUCUCAGUUGGAGGAAUAGUCAGGUGUUGAUGUUCUUUCCAUUACAUGAACAUAGAGGAAUAAAGACCCCUUUGAAUUGGUUUUGUGGAUGCAGAACAACACCAAGAAUCAGAGAGAGAGAAAAUAUGCCUGGGAGAGGAAUAGUUGUAAGAGGGAGAGGAGUAGUUGGAUCAGAAAAAGGGAGAAGAAGAGGUAACAAGGAAGCAGAAACAAGUGAUAGAGUCAUGUUGAAGUCUUUGACAAAAACACAGCUUUCUCAGCCUUUUGCUCAAAAUGUUGCUUUUUAAAUAAAACUUACAUGCAAAAAAAAAAAAAAAAAAAA